GAGAGCGAGGCCGCCGGGGACGUGCUCGAGCUCGGCCACUGUGCGUGAGUGAUUGCCGGGAAGUGCCUCUCUACUGCAUCCUCCCAUUUGCAAUAAAUUCACUUGGUAUUUAUUGGUUAUACCGUUUAUAAGCGGGUCCGUGGUUUGGUAUAUUUAAAAAGAGCAAAGCCAUACACCAAGAGUUUUACGGGAAGAAACUGAAAUAUAGCGAAAAUGAACGAGACAGAGCACAUCCCGCUUGCAGAAUACGAUUUCGAGAGGAAAUUUGAUGAAAAGGGCGCUCUCGAAUGGAUGCAAGAAAACUGGAACAAGUCCUUUAUGUUCUGUGGACUGUAUGCAGCAAUCAUCUUCGGCGGUCAGCACUUCAUGAGACAGAGACCCAAACUGAACCUACGACGACCACUAGUCCUCUGGUCACUCAGUCUGGCCAUAUUCAGUAUCAUUGGAGCGGGCCGGACUGGCUGGUACAUGCUCCAUGUACUCAACAACAGUGGCUUCAAGCAGUCAGUUUGUGACACCAGCUUUUACAGUGCCCCUGUCAGUAAAUUCUGGGCCUACGCCUUUGUGCUGAGCAAGGCCCCUGAGCUUGGCGACACAGUGUUCAUUGUGCUUCGCAAGCAGCGCCUCAUCUUCCUCCACUGGUACCACCACAUCACCGUGCUGGUCUACUCCUGGUACUCCUACAAGGACCAGGUGGCCGGCGGCGGCUGGUUCAUGACCAUGAACUACCUGGUCCACUCCCUCAUGUACACCUACUACGCUGCCAGGGCGGCGGGCUGCCGGCUGCCCCGGCCCUGUGCCAUGGUGAUCACGGCCACCCAGAUCGUGCAGAUGGUGAUGGGGCUGGCUGUCCUGGGCCUGGUCUACCACUGGAUGCACGAGGUGCGCUGCCCCUCCUACGUGGACAACAUUGUCUGGGGCUCGCUCAUGUACCUCAGCUACCUGGUCCUGUUCGCCUCCUUUUUUUACAAGUCCUACCUCAAGGGUGCCGCUGAGAAGGUCGACAGGAAAUCCAAGUCCGAGUAGGAGGUUGUGUCUGUCGGCGGAGGGGGGACGGGGACGGGGGGGUCGUACCACCUGGGGCGAGGUCAGAGAGUGUGUGCCUGGUCGAGAAGAACAUCGCAUUGUGCCAUAAUGUGCGAGUGGCGGCUGGUUUUUUUACUGGUUGCUGGUCCACAUCAGAUAAGCCAUUAUCUUUCCCACCCUGACUUUGUAAAAGCUGUAGGUCACCUAACUAACUAGAACCAGGGAUUUCACAAUUAUGGAACGGUCACUGGGACCGAGAAACCAGUGCAUGUUCAGCACACUUACAUAUAUCAUCCAAUGAAUGAAAUUAAGGAAGUAGAAGUAGAGAUGGAAAAGGGCAGUGGAGUGAGCAGCUCAGUUUGUGUUUGACUAAUGUGCUACUCCAUUUCGAUUUAUUUGCUUUAUUAAUCAAUCUUUUUGAGUUGCUUCAGUCUUAAGAUACAUGCACCUAUACUGUAUGAGACCUGAGGUUUUCUUCAAGGGCAGUACAAUUACCUGCAUCUGCAGUCUGUAUGUUUAAUGAAUUCGACUGUCACUUCUAGUUUAAAUCUGGUGCUUUUUAGACCAGCACUGAGAAUUGUCUUACUGUUUUAGACCUGACAAACCUAUAGUAUAAUGAAACAAUGAUUGAAAGGGUCCUGUGCACUGAUUUAAUGAAGGAUAGGUUCUCUGUUUUAGCUGUUGGCAGUUACCUGGAAAUGGUUGUGAGAAGAGGAGCACUGAAGGGAGUGGCACAUGGAACAGUGUGUCCGUUGUAAAUAAUAUAUCUUCAGAAUGUAUUUAUUUUCUUAAAAUCUAAAAUCUGGUGGUCCUUAAAACGUUCCAGGAAAUUGUGGAGCUCACUAAGGUCCUGCCUGUCUUAAGUUGUGCAGUUUAAAUUGCACACUUUUGUAUUUUAUUUUUUACGUCACAAUGCACUGUGUAGUUCAGUUGUUUGUUUUAGGUCUUUCCAUCCAUCUGUAUGUUCAGUAAAGAAAGGGAAGGCCCCCUGGUUUCACCUUAUGUCCUGAAAGGAAUUACUGUAUGUCUUUAAGAUCUUUUCUUCCUAUAGGGAAAUGUCAUUAAGAUGAUCUUUUCUUCCUAUAGGGAAAUGUCAUUAAGAUUAUCUUUUCUUCCUAUAGGGAAAUGUCAUUAAGAUGAUCUUUUCUUCCUAUAGGGAAAUGUCAUUAAGAUGAUCUUUUCUGCCUAUAGUGAAAUAGGUAAUUUAGAUGAUCUUUAUUUUCCAAAGUGAAUUGUCACCAAGGCUAUCAUUUUUUCCUAAUGGGAAAUAUGUCAUUAAAGUUAUAUUUUCUUCCUAAAGGGGAAUAUGUCAUUAAGGUUUUAUUUUCUUCCUAAAGGGGAAAAUGUCAUUAAGGUUUUCUUUUCUUCAUGAAGGGAAAUGUUAUCUAGCUAAUAUUGCUUUUUGUGUCUUUGGUAAGAGUGUCAUUGUCAUGUAAGAACGACUGCCCCAUUAUGAAAGAACACUUCUACAUUUGGUAGAUAUUUAUUUUUCUCCACAGCUAAAACAAAUAUCCCCAUCCUAAUAAAGUAGUAUAAAUACCUAGCAUAGCAAGAUAUGUUUUGGAAAGGAAUAAAAUACCUAGCAUAGCAACUGUUUUGGAUAAGGAAAGAAAAAGUUUUUCUGGAGCUGUACAUCUCUGCAGACUGCUUAUUGUGGUGUACUAGCAAAGUAAUUAUUGCCAGUACUAUGUGCAGGUAAAACAUCACAAUCAUUAAACAAAGCUGGAAAUAAAAGUGUAGGUUAAUACAACCUAAUGUAUCACUACUGCCUGUCAGCUGUAUGAGAAAUGAUCUAAUGGACUGUAAAAGAGUUGGUAUGUGCUUCAUCGUGUGGUUUGACAUAAGCAGUGACCUUUUGUGAAGACUAGAAUCACGGGCCAGGACUGAGAUGCGCAAAAAGCAGUGGACACGUCAAUCAGUUGAGCCUUCAAAUAUGUAUGAUGUAAAUUGUCCAGUGUGAUUACACUUCUUUUUCCAUUCAUCAAGUUUAACAGAGCCUGGUUGUGUUCAAAAGUAAUAUUUCUUUCUAAAGUAAAAUUACAAUAGAUUUAGCUUACCAUUUAUCCCAUUAAACCUGUUUAACGAGGUCCCGUACCAGGAAUAUUGCUUCUUCUACCCCUUUAUUUCUCAAACUUUAAACACACAUUUGUUUUUGCUUCCUCCCCUUUUGAAUAUGACCACCACUGUAGAUUAAAUACAUUUUGUAAGUUGGGGCUUAGGUCAACAUGGCGAAUUUGCUUUUGUCUAGAUUCUGUCUACAAAUCUAGCAGAAAGUAAGGUUGUGUAAGCACACCAAACCACAGUUUUAAUCAUUGUCAGUAAAUUUGUCAUCCUUUACGUUUGUAAUAGAGCUGCACUGUACUUUAUUCCCCUGAUCCAACCUUCCAGUCUUUUAUCAGCGUGUGGAAGCUCAAGUGUGGAUGUUUAUUCACCUACACGAAGUGAGACAGCCUAGACCGACAUAUAGUCACGGAAUUUCUUAAGUGGUGCUUAUAACGCAACUAUAAUGUUGUGUUUAUGAUGGAGUUACAAUGCCUUUAUGUAAUACCAUUCAUAUUACUUAAGUGUAACCCUGAUGCUACAGCAGGAGUGUUAUGUCUUACCUACAGACUAGUCCAACGAGCUUAGGAGUUGUUUAGGAGUUCAACACUUUCUACAGACCACACCAAAAGUGUGAAUCUUCAAAAAUUCUCUCUUUCACUCGGCUGCUUUAUCACGAUCGUGAUGUGACGUGUGUCACCUGGGUUUCUGACCCUCCACCUUGAAACCGUCAGUUGCGCUUUAGUUGUGUAGUGUCGCGACACCACGCAGGGAACAACGUUGUUUAAAGUACGUUCAUUUGUGUUUCAGCGGCCAAACGAUGCUUCUGCAGUUUCGACUCUGUUAGGUGCAUGUGAGCACACGUGGUGUUUGUGUGAUCUCUUAGCGUUUCUGUCGGCGUUGCUGAUGUAGUGUAAACUCAUGCUUAGGCCUCUCUGUGAGUCGGCUGUCUAGUAUGUGACUGAAACAGAAGGGGAAAACGCUGUCCAAGGGCUGUGAUGUUUAAAUGUUUGGAUUGAGGCCCAAAGUGUCUAAACAAUAAAUGUAUGUCUGUUUUUAAAGCACAUGCAAUGUUGUAUUUCUGUUGAAAUCCUUGUCCCCUGUCAUAUGCACAAGUAGGCCUGCAUGUCAACAUGCAACUAACUAGUUGUAAGUCACGUUAAGGAAAAUCACACGCAGUACACAUCUGUUCCCCCUUAUAUGGUACAGUACAAAAUCCUCUGUUUUGAUUGAUUUCCUUACUCUCAUUCUCCCUGCAACAAACUCUUACCACUGAAUCAUUGAUGAAUCCUGGGAACCUAGAGAUCUGUAAAAGUCUGUCUCAUGGAUUCUCCACUCCAUCACAGUGGCCUUUGUCAGGUCGCCCCGUCCUGUACCGUCCUGCACCGUAACUGUUAGGUUCGGUUUUCGUUCGGGUUUGUUUGUGAACGUGGCCUGUUCUGUUUGGUUUUUGUCCUUUGCUUUUGAACGUAGCUUGUUUUAUUGUUUCCACCUGUGCCUUGUUCGCUCCCUCAUUGUGUCCCUGUUUAAAUUCCUCCUGCCCCAGUGUUUUGGUGUUGCCUGUUCCUGCUGUUUGUUUCUCGGUGUGGCUGUAAUUAAACUGUUCACCCUUGACAACCUCUGUGCUUUUGUCCUGCCUCCACGCCAAAGCAUGACAGUAACCAACUCAGGUUUCAUCGGACGGCCUGGCCUGUAAAUGCCUGUGUGAUCAUGAGCUGCCGGGUAACUGAUGUUUAAUAGAAAAAGCGGGACCAGCAGAUAAAAGCGCUGCCAGCUCUGCAGG